AUGCCAGAAACGCGCUCAAUGGAGCCCCUGGUCUGGAUCGAUUGUGAGAUGACAGGUCUUGCCGUGGAGCACGACACUAUCAUGUCUCUCGCUUGCUUUAUCACAGAUUCGCAAUUGAACAUGCUGGAUGAUACGGGCUACGAAGCGAUCAUCCACCACUCUCCGGCUCAGAUGGACGCCAUGGGUGACUGGUGCACAAAGCAUCACGGUGACAGCGGUUUGACCAGGGCUUGCUUGGAUUCCGAGGUCACCGCAGCGAAUGCUGCUAACCAGCUCUUGGCGUACGUAAAGAAGUACGUUCCGGAGCCGCGAAAAGCGCUCUUGGCCGGCAACAGCGUGCAUGCGGACAGAUCGUUUCUGGCGAAGGAACCAUGGGGCAAGGUGUUGAAGCAUCUGCAUCACCGGAUUUUGGAUGUUAGUACGAUUAAAGAGGGUGCGAGAAGGUGGGCAUCGCAGGACGUGCUGAAGGGAAGUCCGCAGAAGGCGGGUAAGCACGAGGCUAAGGCGGAUAUUCUGGAGAGUAUCGAGGAGGCGAGGUACUAUAAAAGGAUGUUCUUUGAGAAG